AUCUCAGCUGAUGGGAAAGUUUGGUACAACAAAGCUGAUAGAAGAGAAUAGGACAGGAAACGGGGACGAUGGGCCCCUUGGGUCUCUCUGAACUCGGUUGUUUUCUUGGAGACGUUUUAUGACAGACCCAGGUCACAUCAUCAGUGCUAGAAGGGAUUGCGCAGACCCUGCUCCCCUCUAGGCAGGGCUCAUUCCGAAUGCUCGUCCUUUGCUAUUUGCUUCACCCGGGCGUCCAUUUUUGUUGUUUGUUUGUUUUUUUUCUUCUCAUUCCAGGGGAAAUUCAUCGUCACUUUCAAAUAUAACGACUUCUACUAUGGGCUGAGCCGAGAGAUCAUUGAAACCAUCGCUAGGGAGGGGCUGGCCACCUGCGUGCAUUUAGACAUAGAGGGUGUCAGAAGUUUGAAGAAUUCCUACUUCAAGCCACGAUACAUCCUACUGAUUCCAGUGAACAAAGAGAAAUAUGGGGGCCACCUCCGAAGGAUGGGCUUGUUCGGCAGACCGGAGAUCGAGGAAGCUCUCCGUACGGUAGACAUGUACACCAGAGUGAAUCAGGAUUGCCCAGGCUUCUUCGAUGCCGUCAUCAACGUAGAUGAUUACGAUGAAGCCUUCUCCAAACUUAGCAGCCUUCUGGAAGAGUUCCUGGGGCUGGGGCAGCCUUCUGAAUCCACAGCCUCGGUUCCUGCAGCCGACCGCAAACAUGUUUCAGCCCCCAGCAAGGAGUCGCCUGCAGUUCUGAAAGUAAACGUCCUGGGGACCGACGGCGUUGCCCCCUCGCCCACUCCCAACGAAUUUAUGGAUUCUUCCGCCAAAAAUUACUCCGCCAAAAUAUCAGCCCAGCUUUCAUCGCAGAAGACUCGGGUGGGACGCCCUCCGAAUUUCAGGCCCCACCACCAUGCAUGGUCAUUUUUUGGAGCCCCCGUCGUUUGCCUCCUUCAGGCACAGUGGGAGCACCAGCGCCUCCAUCGUACCCACCACCCCUGACCGCAGGGAAUCGGGUCAACCAGCCAAAAAGCCCAGCGGUGCAGGAGCGCCUCUUUCCCCCAGCGCCUCUCUCAGCCGCUCCUCCAGGUCCAUCCCCACGCUGGUGGCGGAAGUCGCCGAUGAGAAAAGGAGCUGGCACGAGGCCGCUGACCGUCCUGCGGACACCAAGGAGAAGAAGACGCCCAAGCACAAAGCCCCCUCCCCCCACCUCCCCCCAACGGUCACUGUCCGUCCAGGAUCCAACACCAAGCCGGUCCUUCCGCCCAUCCCCUCCGGCCGGAAGAAGCCCAAAGCGGCCACCCCAGAAACCUACGCCUCGACCGUCUGGCUGAAGCCCUAG